UCGAAUUGAAUUUUAUUGAAAUCAGAUGCAAUUUUUAUAAUGUUUCAAACACUAUAUACGUUUACGCGAGCGUUACUACAAAACCCCGUUUACGCGGAGGAAUUAUCAUAAGUUACUACAGAAGUAACGCUCGCGUAAACGUAGUAUAUAUAGGUAUAUGUCUGUUAUACCAAGUUGAUUUCUGUUAUUGAUUAAACACACGCGCUCCAUAUGGUCAGUUUUACGUUUUACCCUUGCUAUCCCUAUAUUCCUAAUAGGAAAACUUGUAACUUGUUAAGAACAAAUUUGCAACGGUAUAAAAUUGUUUAUUCGCCGAGAAAUGCCGAAGAAGAAAGGAAAGGGAAGCAAAUUGGCUCGCAUGAGCGACGAGGAACGCGCUCGCUAUCUACAGCACCGUGCCGAAUUGGAACUAGAGGCUAAACGACGUAAGCAACAGUUGAUUGCAACUUUUACUAAGAACAAGCUGAAACACGAGGAAGCGUUUUCACGAUUAAACACUGCCAAGAUCAAUGAACAAUGGCGAUACAUUCUACGACAAAUAAAAUGUAAAGAACUUGACGAAGAUGUGGAAUAUCUUUGGAAUAAUUUCGAUCGCCUGUUGAAGGCGAAAGAUCUCGUGAUACAGCGUUUACAUAGUGAGCUAGAAGCAGCCGAUAUGGAUCACAGAAGACUGCAAGAGGCCCACAUUCAAAUGAUGGACCUGACUAUUGGAAGAUACAAGCAGAAAUGCAUCCACCUGCACGAGUCCUUCGCACGCGAACGUACCCGUAUCGUUUCGAACGAGAUAAAUGAGUUAAAUAGAGUACGGAAACAUUUACAAGAGCACUGCCAUCAGUUGCAGAACAUAAUUUUUGGCCAAGAUAAGAAGAUGGAAAAUGUAUUGACGCAAACGAAAAUCCAGAAUGCCGUUAAUAUAUAUAGCAUCGUAUACUUGAAGGAAGACUCCUUGUCGCGCUUGAUGCAUUACGUUUCCAAUGAGGUCGAGGAAUUGUGGCGACAACUUAACGAAACGAUAAUCGAAUACGAGAAAAAUACAGGAGAUAAAAGAAAGCAGUACGACUACUUGAUGGAACAGGAUGACGCUCAUCGUGUCGACGUGGCGCAAUAUCCAAAGUUGCAAACACAAUUACAAACCACGAUUAAAAGUCUGAAGCAGGACACGCACGCAUUAUCACAGAAAAGGGAGCAGAGUAUAAUGGAAUUGAACGAUCGGAUUGUAUACAUGAGGAAGAGAGCUCAAAGUUUCAGACAGAUAUUUUUCAUGAAUCAAGCGCUCGACACUACUCAGCUGAAAAAACUAACUAUUAUUAGCGCUAGCGUUCUAAAAGAACUGCAGAGGAUUUCAGAAAAAGGCUCGACGUUACUGUCAUUGCUGACAAUAUGUUCAAAUUUGGAACCGUUCUCGCUGACCGUUCAAAAAUACACUUUACGCGAUACGGGUUCCAGAAGGGCUUUCACGAGUUGCAUGUCAGAACCGUUUGACAAAUUGGACAAAUUUUGGGAACAGUUUAACUACAUUAAAUCCGACAAUAUCCUCAUGAAAAAGGAGUGUGACAAACUGUCUUUCGAGAACAAACAAUUGAGAAACACCCUGCGCACAUAUCUGUUAACUAUUUCUAGAGUUCCGGCCGCACGAUCACUUACGUCUAUUCCUGUAUAAAUAUAUCUACUUCAAAUGCCGAUAAGAGAAAAAAAAAAAGAGAAAAGUCAACAAAUAAAGCCUCUCAAAUUAAAAAUAAUGUAAUUGAAAAUAUCUAUGCAUAUCAGAUUAAAAAGUUUGAUAUCUUUUAAAAUCAAAACUAAAUUUAAUAUCUUCGAGAGUUAAAAAUAUUAGGAUAUUUUAGGAAACGGUACCUACUUAUAUCUCACGUUUUUUUUAUCCACAAGUAUUUAUGGAUAAGAACUUACAGAGAAUCGACAAGAAAAGAACA